UAUUGAUUCUGUUAGAGGAAAUUGGUAAGAAAUGUUUCACUUUGUUAAGGAGAUAUUAAAACUUUGGAUUGUUUAAAUAUUUCACAAUUCAUAUGAGUGCUAUUUUAUUUUAGAGUAGGACGUGGUGAAACCACACAUUCGGAGGCAGGAAGUUUCUUUCAUCACACAAACACGCGCACACACACACUUUUCACAGUCAUUACAAACCUUACGCCUUGAACUUUUCAUUCAUUCCUCGUGGGCUGCGCACGAUCCACAUCGAUUCUCACAAGGUUGUAAAUUCAAAUCCCCUGCUGUAGUACCCUUGAAGAAGGUACAUACCCAAAACUGGCUCAGUAGAAUUUACCCUGCUGUAUAAAUAGGCACCACCCAUUAUGAAACUUCUGCUUUCCAUUAUCUGGAUCAUCAAAUUUCAAAUAGGGCUCAUUCAAGUGAGAGCUCAGAAUAAUGGACUACUUUGUGUGAAUGAUUACAGUCACACAAUAAACUGUGAAAUGAACAUCAAAACAGAGGCCUCCAGCAUGAAGAAUACAAGUUUGGAAUUUUUCUCCAUUGGCAUUAGCACAAGUUUUCAAUGUUUACUAAGAAAUGUUAAAGAAAAGUACAGGUGCAUAAUUUAUGGAGAUAAACUGGCAUUUUCAGAAUAUUCUGAAUUUCGUGUAACUCUUUACACCAUGUGGAAUGGAAAACCAAAUCAGACUGUGAUUUAUACAAAUUAUAUUCCAAAGGAUCACAUUAAACCAACUACUCCAAGGAAUCUCACUGUGUUUUUGAAUUCUGGACACUAUCAUUUCAUGUGGGACUGUGGAUAUGACAAAGACAACUAUAUUUUUCAAUCUUUAAAGUACAUGCUCUUGUUGUACAAGAAUGGAGACCCAAACAAUUCAAAAACGUAUCACCCAAUGAACAAUACAUAUUAUAUUGAAGAUGGAAACCUUGAUCCUAACACUGAAUAUGUUGGAAAAGUGCGCUCUAGUCCAAUGAGCCCUUACAAAGGAUACUGGAGUGACUGGAGUAACACAGUGCAAUGGAGAACUAAAGAAAGAAAAGGUCUUCAGAAACCCAGGCCAUUCUUAAUUUUUGGAGGGAUUACCUACUUGGUGUGUGUUGUAGCCAGUGUCUUGUUGCUUCUGCUCUUUCGGCUUACUGGAAGUCUGAAAAUCAAAGCAUUCUCAAAGAUACCAACACCUGCUCCGUAUUUUCAGCCACUCUAUACCAUGUACAAAGGAAACUUCAAGAACUGGCUUUUGUAUCCAAGCUACAUGGGAGAAACAUUCAAGAUGGAUGAGCUCUUGAAAAUAGAUACUUUGAUUGAAGCUAAACCUCAUGAAGAGAAUUUCCAGCCCUGUACACAUCACUUGACCAAAUGCCACGUUCCUUAUAUCAGCCAUCUUGGAAAGAACUGGGCCGUCGAAGACAAGAACAACUUUAUAGAGAGCCCUGUGCUACCUUCUGGAAAGGCUAGUGUUACAGAAACACUCAACAGCGAGUCUCUGGAAAUGGGAGGGCCCAGUGAGGAUGACUCUGGCUGUGAACACCUCAGCCCCAGCUUGGCCAGCAGUGGGACCCAUGAGGUUGCAUCAGAGGAGCCAUGGAGCCAAGGCUACCAAGAUAAUUACUGCACUCUUGCUGAUACUCAAAUUGGCCUAUUCCCAGCCAUUACAUUAACAAAUUCCUCCAGGAAACCACUGGUGUUUCACUGUCCCUUGAGCUCACAGGUGGACCUUAGCGCCAAGAACGAUCACUAAAUCCCAUUUGUCAGAAAUCUAUAUGACUGUAGUGAUAUGGAUCUGUUCUGCUGCAGAGCAGAUAUAACUGUACACUGUGCAUAACUGUACACUGUUACGUCUUAUUGAACAUUGUGUAAAUUCUCAAGGUGGAGGUUGGAAAAAGUAUUUGAACCUUUAGGAAAGAGGGAAGUUGGAAGGAGGGAAAUUGGAAUUAAGAUUUCCAAUGAGUGAGAUGGCAUUCAUGUGUGAAUAAGGUGUUCUGUCCUAUUAAAAAAAUCUCGACUGGCUGGAUAUUUGCUAUUGAGAAGUAAAAGUUUAUUAUGGUAAUAUCACAUUUUAGAAGCCUAGGUUAACAUUAUUUCUAACAAACAUACAUAUUUGCUAUCCUUUGUUAGUUCUUUGUUACUUAUUUUAUCACAAAGAUGGGUAUUCUAGGUUAAAUAGGUAAUAAACAAGUGGACAUGUGUUAACCAUAUGCAUUCUAUACAAAUAAAUGUCAUUGAACUCAACUGUUGAAAUUAUAAAGACAGUUUGGUGCUAUUACAGCCUUACCAAAUGUCGUGUUAGGCUGAUUCAUUGUUUACAUAACUUUUUCCCUCUCAUUAACUUUUUUCAAAACAAAGCAUUAGACAGCCAGACGAAGUUCGUAUUCUAAGUAAAAAAGUAAGACAUUAUAUUGUAAAUAUGGCACUUUUUCCUCACAUGAACAAAGUUCUGCACUAUUUACAAAGCAUUUUAUUUGAAAAUACAGUGCUGUGGUCAUGCAGUUUCCUGCAAAGGAAGAGGUAACCAAGUGAGUUUAAGAAGACCUGUGCAAGAACCUCAGACACUGAAAUCAGUGCUCAAGAACAAAUAAAUAUGCAAUAGGGAUGCCUUCUAAAAGUACAUUUAUUGCAUUUUUAUAGCAUAUUGUGACACAGGACUUUAAGGUAUAUUUCUACUGAUAUAUUUUGCAUGGUAUUCUAGCUGUCCUGUUGGGUAAGACAGUGAGCUUUAUUUCUGCAGUCAGUUACUAUACAAGGUAUGCUGAUGUAGCCAUACAGUAUGCAUUUGUUCUUCAAUAUGUGGCACAGCAUGCUGUGUUUGGUUGGUUGCAGGAUGAAUGGCAUACAUGGAGGGAGAAGGAAAAUUGCAGUCAUUUACUGGUAAUUGUUACAGUAUAUGUUGACUGGUAAAUGAUGGUGGGGACAUGACAGUGUGGGCGUGACUGGCAUCUUUUUUACAGGUUUAGAGACGGCGUCUUUCAUCUUGUCUGGUCUCACUCUCUCUCAGUCUGUCAACAUGUUUUCACAGCUGGGGAAUGUUUAAAGGGCAAUUAGUCAAGCAAAAUGUUCAAGUCUGUGUGGCUUGUCCCACCCUUCCCUCAUGCUGUCAUGGCUACAUGUGAUCAAAAUCUAUUAAGGGCAAGUAAGCUGAUUUAAUAAAUGUCUUUCCAUUUCUGAUACUUCUGUUAAGUAUUA